AUGAAGCAGUCUAUCAUCACUUCCCUCGCUGCCCUCGCGGCUUCCGCCUCCGGUGUCCAGGCCACCUUCGGCUCGAUCAGCGUCCCCGUUGGUCUUUGCGCGGCUAUUCUUGGAGAGGCCGACUGCAAGCAGCAGGCCGCCCCCGCCGGCGGCUUGAUCAAUGUGCCCAUCAACGGCUGCAUUGCUGCCCUCGGCAAGGCCAAGUGUGACCAGGCCUCUGCUUCCUCCAACAAUGGCGGCUCCCUGAUCAACGUCCCGAUCAACAUCUGCCUGGCUGUUCUCGGCGACGUCCACUGCAAGGAACACGCCUCGUCCGGUGGUCUCGUCGACAUCCCCAUCAACCUGUGCCUGGCUGUUCUGGGUGAGGCUGAUUGCCAGGAUCAUGGUUCCGGCUCGACUCCCUCCGCUACCACUACCCCCUGCGACACCGAGACUUCCAGCAUGGUUUCUUCCACUGUCAUCGGUGGUUCCACUCCCGCGGCGCCUACCACCACUCCCGCGGAGGCUACCACCACCCCGUGCGACACCGAGACUUCCAGCAUGGUUUCUUCCACUGUCAUCGGUGGUUCCACCCCCGCGGCGGCUACCACCACCCCCUGUGACACCGAGACUUCCAGCAUGGUUUCUUCCACUGUCAUCGGUGGUUCCACCCCGACCGGCACCGCGCCCGCUGUGACUGGCUCGCCUUCCGGUUCUUCCCCCGCUGGCUCUUCUUCCGCCCCCAGCGUGCCCGGACAGUCCAGUGUUCCCGGUGUCCCCGCCGGCCAGUCCAGUGCCCCCGGUGUUCCCGCCGGCCAGUCCUCCAAGUCCACCGUCACCGUUACGAGCACCACCACUAUCUGCAAUGCGUCCUGCGGCAAGACCUCCAUGCGUCUGAUCCCCACUGCUCCCACUGCUCCCGCUGGUGUCUCCGCCGGCGGAGCCGGUCCCACCGGUGCCAGCGGCACCACGCCCACUUCCAGCCCCAUUGCCUUCAACGCGGCUGGCCGCACCACCUUCUCCGGUGUUGCCGUGGUCUUCGGCGCUAUCUUCGCUGCUGCCAUGCAGUUCUAA